AUGAAUACAGGACAGGGAGAAUUGGCCAAGAUGAUGUUGUCCUCGUUAUUCUCGCUGGGAUGGGCACUAUAG